GAAUGGCAUCAUCUUGGAGACUGCACGACUCGACUAUAGCAGGUGGUGUAGCAGGAGUGGUGGCUAGUGUCGUUACGUGUCCAUUAGAUGUGAUUAAAACUAAAUUACAAGCGCAAAAGAAGUUCAAAGGCCGUACACUUGAUGGUGUAAUAGGAACGAUAAAAAGGAUUUCAAAAGAGCAAGGCUUUAAAGGAUUUUAUAAAGGAUUAGGUCCGACAAUAUUCGGCUAUUUACCAACUUGGGCAAUUUACUUUACAGUUUAUGAUGAAGUCAAAGCAGUUCUGUCUAAGUCAGGAGAUCCAAAUGGCGUUAAUUGGUCAACUCAUAUGAUUGCUUCUGCCACAGCUGGUGCAACAGGUGCAACAUUAUCAAAUCCACUAUGGGUUGUUAAAACUAGAUUUAUGACUCAAGAUAUGGAGAGUAUACCAUACAAACAUACAUUUCACGCCUUAAAGUGUAUAUAUAAAGUAGAAGGUUUAAAAGCUCUUUAUAAAGGAUUAAUACCGUCCUUAGUUGGCGUUAGUCACGUCGUUAUUCAAUUCCCUUUAUAUGAGAGAUUGAAAUUUAAGAUGAAAUCAAAUGAUAAUAAUGAAUUAACAACAUUACAGUUAUUAUCAUGUUCUUCAAUUUCCAAAAUGAUGGCUUCAAUUUCAACAUACCCUCAUGAAGUUGUUAGAACUAGGUUGCAAAUAGAUAGAAAUAGAGAUAAGCAUCAUUUGAAUAGUUCAGAGAUAUUAAAAGUUAUAAGAGCUAUUAUGAAUGAAAGUGGUUUAAAGGGUUUAUAUAAAGGUUUAUCUGUCACCUUACUAAGAACAGUGCCUAAUUCUGCUAUGACAUUAUUAGCCUAUGAGGUAAUAAUGUCAGAUUUAACAAGACGAAGGAUAGAUAGAUGAUAAAGUUAUUAUACCAACUAUAAAUGUAUUUUAUAAAGAUCAAUGUUUUUUUAACC